UUCCUUUAAUUUAAUUUUCAUUUAGUCUUUAAUUUCAACCUUUUUCUCUAUUUUCAUUUUCUUUCUCUUCCUUGGUUCCCGAUCCUCAUCCUGGAUCGCCAGUCUUUGAUCCCUCGAAGAAUCGAUUAAUUGGCGGCGGCGGCGGCGGGGGUUACACUUGUGGCGGUGGAUUUGAAGUUGGUCUUUGUUGGUGGAAAACAAAAGAGAGAAACAUUAAUAAAAUUUGCUCACUUUUAUUCAUAUUAUUUCAUUUUGGGGAGGUUAAGGUUUUGGUUAAAAAGGGGAUUUGCACAAAGAUUGAGCGGUUUUGAAUUUUAGAGAUGUUGACCUUAACCGGUGGGCUUUGAACUACUAUGGCACUGGUUGUUACACGACAUCAAGAUGACGCUUUACAUUGGUCGCGAAGCUUCAAAGUUGUGGAAGAGAAUUUGUGCAGAGACAACUACGGAGAUCAACCUUCUUCUAGACAAUUGGAAAUACCUUCUUGCUGGUCUAAUUUUUCAGUAUAUUCAUGGUCUAGCUGCCCGAGGAGUUCAUUAUUUACACCGGCCAGGGCCAACACUUCAGGAUCUUGGUUUUUUCAUUCUUCCAGAGCUUGGGCAAGAUAAAGGCUAUAUCAGUGAGACAGUGUUCACCUGUGUCUUUUUAUCUUUUCUAUUGUGGACUUUCCAUCCUUUCAUCUUCAAGACCAAAAAGAUCUACACAGUUCUAGUUUGGUGCAGGGUGCUAGCAUUUUUAGUUGCUUCUCAGAUUCUCCGAAUCGUUACAUUCUAUUCUACUCAGCUUCCUGGACCUAAUUAUCACUGCCGAGAGGGUUCAAAGCUUGCCAGGUUGCCGAAACCAGAGAGUGUGCUAGAAGUCCUCUUAAUUAAUUUUCCUCGAGGUGUAAUAUAUGGUUGUGGUGACUUGAUUUUUUCAUCACACAUGAUCUUCACCCUAGUCUUUGUGCUAACCUAUCAGAAAUAUGGCACACGAAGGUGCAUAAAGCAGUUGGCUUGGUUGGUAGCUAUCAUCCAAAGUCUCUUGAUUGUGGCAUCCCGAAAACAUUACACAGUUGAUGUAGUUGUCGCAUGGUAUACUGUUAAUUUAGUAGUAUUCUUCAUAGACAAGAAACUGCCAGAAUUGCCUGACAGAACCAGUGGAAAUUUACCUCUGUUGCUACCAUUAAGCACCAAGGACAAGGAUAGUAAGACCAAAGAAGAGAACCAGAAGCUCUUGAAUGGGAAUUCUGUAGACCCUGCUGAUUGGAGGCGGAGAAGUGAAGUUAAUGGCAAGACAAUGGAAGAUGCAAAUGGACUCCAUGCCGAUACUGCAAUGAAUGGUGCGUAGAUGAUGGAAGCUGCCUGCUAUUACUGUAAUCGUGCUCUGCUCGGAUCCAUAUGAUCUUUUGAUUAAAGGCUUAGCAUCUUCCAAUACUGGUAAUUUGAUUUGUAUUCUUAAGAAAAACAGAAACUGAGUGGUGCACUUGUACAUUGUGCUGUCCUUCCCUGUCUUUGCAUAAAAUCAUCGGCCAUCAUCAUGAUCAGCAUCAACAUAUAUCAUGGAAUAUUCCGAGUUCCUAUUGCCAGUGCCUGUGUCAUUCUCUUUCCCAUGUCGAACGCUGAAAUUGUGAUUGUUGUCUCUCAAUGCCGAAGGCCAUUGAGAUAAACCAGUUUUUUAAGUUUUUAAGUAACUAUUAAAUCUUUAUGUUUCAUCUUAA